GGCGUUCAUAUCGAUACAUAGGCGUAGACCGUUUGUACGUUCUCUAGUGAAUGAAAACCAGCAGGAAAGUAGAGUUUCUUUAGCAGUUGUCGUAUCGAAGUAGUGGGUGUGACUAAAAUUUAAUUCCUCUCAAUCACAAGUAACUGAAGCAAACAUGAGCAACCAGCAGUAUUAUCCUUUCAAAUGUACACCCACUGUCUACCCCGCCGAUCCCUUCGAUCCCGUGGCAGAUGCCGCCACCUUGAAGAAGGCCAUGAAAGGUUUCGGCACCGACGAGAAAGCCAUCAUCGACGUCCUGGCCCGUAGAGGCAUCGUCCAACGUCUCGAAAUCGCCGAAACCUUCAAGACCUCCUACGGCAAAGACCUCGUCUCCGAAUUGAAGAGCGAAUUAGGAGGCAAGUUCGAGGAUGUAAUGGUAGCCCUCAUGACUCCACUGCCACAAUUGUAUGCCAAAGAACUGCACGAUGCCGUAGCCGGAGCGGGUACCGAUGAAGAAGCCAUCAUCGAGAUCUUGUGCACCUUGUCCAACUACGGAAUCCGUACCAUCGCACAAUUUUACGAACAAAUGUAUGGCAAAACUUUAGAAAAAGACUUAAGAGGAGAUACUUCAGGACAUUUCAAAAGGCUCUGUGUUUCUUUAGUGCAAGCUAACAGAGACGAAAACCAAGGUGUCAAUGAACAACAAGCUCUGGCCGACGCUGAAGCUUUGAUCGAAGCUGGCGAAGGAAAAUGGGGCACCGAAGAAUCCAUCUUCAACACCGUCCUCAUCACUAGGAGUUACCAACAAUUAAGAGCUACAUUCUCUGAAUACGAGAGGCUGACGGGCAAAGACAUCGAACAGUCGAUCAAGAAAGAAUUCAGCGGAGAUAUCGAAAAGGGAUUGUUAGGAAUCGUCAAGUGCGUGAAGAGUAAAGUUGGAUAUUUCGCGGAACGUCUUCACUGGUCCAUGUCUGGUUUGGGAACCAACGACAAGACUUUAAUCCGUAUCAUCGUCUCAAGAUCUGAAAUCGAUUUGGCCGAUAUCAAACAAGCUUUCUUGGACAAAUAUGGCAAGACUUUGGAAAGCUGGGUGCAGGAAGCUGCUCCGAGCGAGUUAAAGUACGUUUUCAUACAGCUUGUGUGUUACGGUUAAUAAAGUCCAUGUCACUCAGGUUAUCGACGUGUUUCAGAAUAUAUUAUAUAAGAUCUUUUUAUUAAAACAAAAAAAACCAUUGUUUAUUAUAUAUUAUACCUAUUUAAUUUAGUUUAGAGGCCUUAAUUGUUAUAAAUAUAUAUCACAGAGCUUUAAACGAUGUUGUUUGAUGUACGAAUUUUAAUUUUUUGUCUUUAUAUAUUGUAAGUUUAUAGAGAGAGGGUGUAGGGCAUGUUAUUCUACAAAUACUACUUUUGAAUCUUUUUAUAUAAAUAUACGUUUUCUUCAUCUUUUAUAAAUGUUUGUAAAUGUGCUUUAUUUGGUGCUUAACAGUAAAAUAUGUUGAGAAAC